UCUUCCUUUCCUCCUUUCUUCGUCUCUGAGACGACCCCCAGAAGAUAAAAGGAGCUUCUCGUUGGAGAUCUAAAGAAGGAGGAAGAUCACUUGUUUCCCUCUGGAUCUUCAGAAAGUUGGAAUCUUCUACAAGAGACGAGAGGCAAAGUUGAGUGGAGGAAUAAGAGGCGAUGGCGGCUAGGUAUUGGUGUCAUAUGUGUUCACAAGUGGUGAAUCCAAUCAUUGAAGCCGAGAUCAAAUGUCCCUAUUGCCAAAGUGGGUUCUUAGAGGAAAUGAGCGGUGAGAAUAAUGGCGGAAGCAGCAGCAGCCUAAGGGAGGUUCAAGACCAAGAGACCGGUUUUGGUACAGACCGUGCAUUGACUCUGUGGGGUCCAGUCUUGGUUGGAAUGAUGAGCAAUCCUAGGAGACGUAGAAGGUUUAGGAGGACAGAGUUUGGUGUUGAUAAUGAUGAGGUCAAUGUUGCUGUCGAUAAUCAUCAUCAUCGUCGUCAUCACGACAGGGAACAUGAAGGAGAGAUUGAUUUAGAUAUGGAGGUUGAUUCUAUCAUGAGGAGGAGACGGAGAAGCUCAGCUGCGAUACUGCAGUUGCUUCAAGGCAUUCGUGAAGGGCUUAACUCAGAUCAUGAGAGCCCAGACGGGAACAGUUUUGGAGGUUACUUAGCUCGACCGGAGUUAGACCACUUGCUUCGAAGUCUAGCUGAUAACGAUCUAAUAAGGCGACAAGGGACUCUUCCAGCACGAAAAGAGGCAGUGGAUAAUCUCCCAACGGUUAAGAUAUGUGAGCCGUUGCAAUGCUCAGUUUGUUUGGAUGAGUUUGAGAAAGGAUGUGAAGCUAAAGAGAUGCCCUGUAAGCACAAGUUUCACAUCAGGUGUAUAGUACCGUGGCUUGAGCUUCACAGUUCGUGUCCCGUGUGCCGAUAUGAACUACCUCCUGAUGAGGAGUUAAAGACUGAUCUGGUGAGACCGAGAACAAGAAGCGUAGGGGUCAACUUAAGUAAUGAGAACGUGGAAGAGAAUGCCAGGAACAUUAGUGGGAGCGAGAGAAGGUUCUCAUUACGGUGGCCGUUCAGUGGAUUGUUUUUUUCCUCCUCUUCGUUAUCAGGAUCAACAUCAGGGUCGUCUCAGCUCAAUGAGAACGCUAGUUAAGGAUUAAAAAAGAAAACAAUCUCUACCCUUUCUCUAUAUUCGUCACGUUGAAUCACUUUUAAGGAGUGGAAUAGUUUCUUUAUUUUAUAUCAUCUUUGCUAGGAACACAUAUAUUGAAUUCUUUGAACCUAUUUGCAUAAUUGUAGUGUGUGUUUCCA